GAGGAAGUAAACAGGACACGUAUUCAGGCAAUUGCGAUCUUUCUGUCGCUAAAUACACGUAUUUAAAUAGUUUACGAAGCCAAAGGCACUUGCAGUUCAACUUUUAUUCGCAAUGCAUUUAAGUCUAACUGUCAUGUGCUCUUAUGUGUCAAUUUUCUGUCACUUUUCCAACUUGCUAACGAAUGAGCCUACAAACAAUGAAAUGAGCAGGAAAAGUGUGUUUUCUGUCUGCAAGUAUGACACUUGACUAACAGUGACAGUAUGGAGAAGUUUGGGAUGAGCUUCGGUGGAGGCCCGAGCAAGAAUGACCUGCUUGAAACCAUCGAAGUGCUGAAGAAACAACUUGUGAAGUAUCAGACACGCUUCAAAGAUGUUGUCAGAGCGUACCAAAGCCUACUUAAGGAAAAGGAGGCCUUGGAAGCCAGCCUCAAGGUACUUACCAUUUCUCAGGAGGUAAACCUAAGCCAGCGAGGUGAAAACCUGUCCCUUGGUGAAAGCUGUGGAAACACUGAACGACAUUUGGCAUCUGACCUCGGUGAUGACCGCUGUUCGCUUCACAGUGAAGACAGCCUGGACACAGCAGCCUCUGCUGAUACAGCAACCAGUGUGACCAGCAACAGCACUAAAGGAGAUCUAAGAGAAGAGGACCAAAGCUGCGCUUUAGAUAGAGCUGCCGUUUUACCCCAGCAAUCUGAGGCGGCAAGCGGGUCUGAGAGUGGCAUGAGCAGCAGCAGCAGUGGAUGUGUGGAACAGCCGCCACCCGCUGUCAUCGCUGCAGUGGACGCAGAUCGCCGUGUCAUCCAACUUAAGACACAGCUGUCCACCCUGACCAGUUCCUUGGCCACCGUCACUCAAGAGAAGUCCAGAAUGGAGGCCUCGUUCCAGGUGGACAAGCGGAAGAUGAAGCAGGAACUGGAGGAGCUACAGGCCAGGAUGGAGGAAGAUCAGAAGCAGCACCAGGCGGAGCUUCAGAGCCUGCAGGAACAACUGGCGGAGAGCAAAGCGCGUGUCAUCACCCAGCAGCAUGAACGAGCGCAAGAGCAGAGUGACCACGCGCACAUGCUCCGAGAGCUCCAGAAACUUCUGCAGGAGGAGAGGGGUCUGAGACAGGAUGCAGAACUCAAACUGGAAGAUGCUCGAGACACGUUAGCUGCAGCAAUGCAUGCAGCAGACCAAGGGCUAGUUUACGAGGUGCGGCUGAAAGAGAUCACUCAGGAACAGGAGGUGUUGAGGAAGAGCCUGAAAGCGGCAGAGGUGGAGAAGAGCAAACCCGACCCACGUGUGGAGGAGCUCCAGCAAGAGAUUGCAGAGCUCAAAGCUCACUUCAAUCAGCAGCUUCAACAGGAGGUCAGAAAGGCGGCACAGGCAGAUGAGCGUCUAAGACAACAGGCGCAAAUGGAGGAGGCACGAGUGGCCAGACUUGAGGAGCGAGUAUCUGAGCUCUCGGAACUGCUGGGUGCCUGUGAGAAGGCCAGACAGAAGGACCAACAGAAUGCUCAGAGGUUACGGGAACGCAUCCUUCAACUCGACACUGAGAACAAAACCCUUGCCAUCGCAGCAGUCAACAGGUCAACGACCUCUGAUCUCAACAUUGAUGAUGCUAACUUGAACGUAGAGGUGUUAAAAUACAAGUUUGAGAAGGUGAAGAAGUUACUGCUGUUGGCUGCACAAAGAUCUCAAGACCAAGAGAUUGAGAGGCUGGUGGAGGAAGAAAGGGACCAGGAAGUUUCCGAAGGGGAGAAGGCCUCAGCACUCCACUACCAGCAAGAGCUCCGGCAAUUGAGGGAAGAGUUUGAGCGCUACAAAAUGAGGGCACAAGGUGUUCUUAAAAACAAGAACACGAAAGAUGGCAACCAGGCCAAAGAGUUAGAGGAAGCACGUGACCAGCUGGCUGAGCUGAAGGAGAAGUACAUCAACCUUCGUAUCCUCUCCGAUGAGGCAGAAUCUCAGCACAAACGAGACCUGGAAGAGCAUCAACAAGGGCUUGGAGUACUCCAGCAGGCCCACAAACAGGAAGUUGAGAAGCUGAAUGCUCAACACAGGGAGAACUUCCUGCGGCUUGAGGAAGAGCUGCACAAACAGAGAGAUCGCACCAUGGCCCUGCUGGCAGAAAGAGACCUCGAGCUGGAGAGGCUUCGGGCUGCUGCGUUGAUCGGCUUCGGAAGCCAUCAGAGGCAUGGUGCAGAUAAUGACACAGUGAUGGAAGGAAGUGACCUGGAGGAGGGUGAUCAAGUACAAGAAGAAAGUGACAUUAUUGCUGAAGCCUUGAAACUUGCUGGGCCCAACGAGCCAACUUUGUUGCUGUAUGCCGAACAAUUGGCACGUAAAGAGGUGGAGGCCUCUGCCUUACGCAAACAAAAGAAUCGUCUAGAGGAAGACUUGCGCCAGCUGCAAGGGAAGCUGAUCACUAAUGGCGAAAGGCAUGAAGAGGAGGUUGCUGAGCUUCGCUGCCAGCUAGACAAGCAGAUUCGGGACCAGGGAAGAGAUGGGGCCAAUCUUGAGUACCUCAAGAAUGUCAUUUAUAAGUUUCUCACGCUCCAUGACACAAGAGGACGUCAGCAGACGCUCACAGCUAUUUUGACCAUUUUGCACUUCAGUCCUCAAGAGAAACAAGCUGUGCUGAAGCAGCAUACCCACAGCUGGUGGAUGGCAGGGAUGAGAUAAUGUUGAAGCAAACAAAAGUAGAGAAAAGAUAUAAUGGUUCUACUCUGCUGAGAGAAAUAUUAUUUUAUUUUCUCAACCAAUGGUUUUGUUUGUAGUGUGAGACCAAAAAAACAUUUAGUUUGCUCUGUACUUCACUGUAUUUCAUCUAUUGCAUGACAGGAUGCUUAAACAUUUUCUGAAUGAUUUGCCAAUACUGACAGUAUUGGAUAUUUUAGCACAAUUAUCACAUUAUCCAAUAAUUCUGUGUGUGAAGUAUACAUAGACAAAUAUCAGAUCUUGACACUGUGUGUUCAAUCUGUAUAAUCAUGGGAGAGUUGGGCACACAAAAAUACAUUAACGGAAAAAGCUAAUUCCAGGGCUUCUAAAGGGAGUGUCCAUUACCUUCAUUAAAUAAAUUAACAAUUAACUUUCAGCUGUAAUUUACAUGUGCUAUGAGUGUGCAAACCUCCAGAAGAUUUAGCUGAGGUACGAAGGACAUGAGCUGAUUGGUUUAUGAUAUAGAUUACAGAUAAUAGGGCAUUUGAUGACUGCACUGUUCCACCAUUAUAUAAAUGUAAAUAUAUUGCAAUUUUGUGAGAAAACUCAUUACAGAUGAUUUUAAUUUUCUUUUGUAUUUAAAUAUAAUCAGCUUUGUGAUGGUAAAUUAAUUUUAAAAGAUGGUAAAACUUUUUUAGUCCUUAGCAUUUUAUGGAUUUUGUAUUGGACAAUAAAAUACAAAUAUAUAAAAUAUAUAAGUUAAAAACUUUUAACCUUCUGCUUAGACUUGGAAACAUUGUAAAUGCAUCACUCCGAUGCAUACAAAUCAAACAAUUUUAAACCAUAUUUU